UCAAAAUAACAGACAAUGCAUAAUUCCUGAAAGUUACGUUUUGUGAGCUCUAUGCCUCUUUUAAGCUUAAUUAUCAUUACGAAACCUUUUUAGCUCUAUUUGUUGUGGUUUGGGAAACUAAGUUUGCUGAGGGACAAGGGUAGGGAAACAUUAACUUCUCAAACUGAAUGUUGACAGAUGACGUCACGUCGUGUGGGUUUUGUUUUUUUUACACCGUGUGAAUAUGAAAGACUAUGACACGCGUUAAAAGUCGCAGCAACCCUCUUCCUCAGUCACGCGGAUUGAACGCGGGUGGACAGAUAUCUGAUCUGAGGUAAACGCGGCCGUUUGUGUUGCGGCUGAACUCACCUUUGGGACAAGUUCUGCGCUGCUGGAAAGCGUUUGCUUUUACUGACCAGGAUGAAGCAGUCAAAAAGUACGCUGGAACGGAUUGACUUGAGCUUUCUGUCUGCUGAGGAAGAGGCGGCCAUCCGUCAAGUGCUUCUGAGAGAUGAAGAUUUAAAACGGCUGGAGAGUGGACGGGUCAGGAAACUGAGGCAGUCUGUCCCUGACCUCACGCAGCUGAAGACUUUGACAGGUGAGUGGUUUGAAGAGCUCAAGGUCAGGCGAUACGGACAGCAGACGGAUGUCACAGCAGUGGUGAGGUCCUCCAUGAGAUGGAAGAAAACAGCAGCUCAUAAACCCAACCCGUUCUUGAAUAAUCCACUAGACGAGAACAAAGAGCAAGGCAAGGAGGAUCGCAGCACAAUUUCAAAACCAUCAGCUGACCCUAGAUUAAUUCAUCCAGCUCUUAGUAAAGAGACUUAUCAUCAAUACACUGAUGAGGACUUGGAUGGUGAGACUUCAUCUGUUCCACAAAAAGCAGCAAGAAAAAAAAAAUUGCGAGCAGAACUUGAUGGCAAUCGUGUCCUCAAUAGCACUGACCCACAAUGCAAUCCAUCAGAAGCACAACCCAAAGAAUUCUCUGGGGACCAAACAACAACAGUUUUUCCCUUCUUCAGUACAGUUCAAGACACUAAACCAGAAAGAGGCACCACAAAACAUGCAACAAAUCCAGAGCCGAGGCAAAAGGUUUCACUCCCUUCAGCAUUGCGAAGAGACCAGUCAUUUGAAGAGAACUGGGUAAAGAUCUCUCUCGAACCGAACACAGUGAAACCUGUGCAUGAUGAAAGCAAUAGUGUUGGAUGUAAUCAAAAAGAGGUAAAACUGCAUGCUGAGAAUACAGAGGCCUUGAAGAAACAAGACAGAAACGUAGAGCCUCCAUCUUUAAAUUUCACGGAUCAAACAUCUUUUCAAAUUGUAUGUCAGGCUAAGCCUAAAUACGAUUUCUUAGAAAGAUGUUCAUCGACUGAGUUUCAGAAUCAACCACGGACCUUAGUUUUCACCAGUGAUGAGUCAGAGUUGAAUAGACCGUCAGAUCAUGAAGCUUUAGAUGAGGUUAACGAGUCUACUAAUGCUUUCCAAGAUAGUACAUGCAGAGAUCAGCAGUGUUCAGUUGAAUGUGCGUUUAGAGAGUCUGAGAGCGAUAAACUGCAUCCCUCAAACUUUGCUAAUGAGCAUGAUAAGAGAAAGAUGGUCUCCAGAGAUAUUCUUAAUGAUGAAGCAAGAUCAGACAGGAAGGGAGGUGAAGGGAAGAAUGUACGCAGUGGUUUACUUGCUGAGACAGAUAUAGAUCAAGUAGUUGAGUGUGAGGAACGAAUCAAUAAGCAUUCUUCUGCUGAAAAAGCACCCCAAAGUCAGUUGUUAAAAUGGGGGAUUGAAAUGGAUUCUCACAUAUUUCCCUCUGACACUCUGCAGGGGAAAGACGCUUUCAGUGAUUCUGCCAAUGACCGACCAGUGGAAAUGGAAAAGGGAACACCUAAUGAAAAUAAGCAGUUGCAGAAUAAAACAGCUGAUUUAAGUGAAGUGCAAGAUUUUAGAAUUUCGUCACCACCUUCAAAACCAAGUGUCAGUGACAAAACCCUGCAACGAUAUCUUGAUGCCCACGAAGAGAGAGAAAAAAUAAAAAUAAAGCCAUCAAAUGAUCAGAACUUGCCAAAUAACACUAAAAAUAAGAGUCAGGUUUUAGCAGAAUUAAGCCAGGACUAUCUUUCAAUGACCGAUGAUGGCAAAUUAGUGCACAGUGGAAAUGCUGGAGUGCAAGUUAACACUAAAAAUAUUGACGAAACUGUUGUUGAACCAAUUCUACUUGUUAAACCUACGAGCGAAGAUGUUGGUUCUCCAAAGAUGAAACCUGAGAAGGACAAUGCUGAUAGUGAGCAGAGGACAGAGUCAGAUAUUCUACUAAGUGUUCUGGCAAGAGCUCAAAAGGAAAGACCACCCAUACUACAGAAGAUCACCAUUCAGGAGCCAAAGCAGGAGACUAGAGAUGAUACGGUUCCUACAAUAGUCAUUAUGCCAUCUGAAUCUCCAGAUCCAACAGAAAUGAAAGGACAAAAACACGGGGUGUUCUUUUUGGAGGAUUUACUUAAGGGAUCUAAAACUCCUUCCUACACCGCAGAUGCUUGGGAGGAUGAAGGAGUUGAUUCAGAUGAUGAUGACACUUCACUGUCCAGCUAUGGGUCAAAUCUCUCUAGCAGAAAAGGCUAUUCGGCUAGCGCAUUGUCUCUUACUGAUCGCACCGGUAGUUUGCUGAGUGUGUACAGCGACGCAGGGGAUUUUGGGAAUGUCGAAGUGCAGGGCUCUGUGGAGUUUGCAGUGAUGUACAGCCCUAUUGGAGAGCUUAUUAUCAUGAUUGAACAGUGCCAGGAUCUGGCCAUAGCUAAUCCACGUAAACAGCGCACUGACCCUUAUGUGAAGACUUAUCUCUAUCCAGACAAGUCACGUCGCAGCAAAAGGAAAACUUCUAUUAAAAAACGGACCGUGAAUCCAGUUUACGUCGAAUCUCUUAGAUACAAAGUGAAACGUGAAGAGCUGCCAGAUAAGACUCUGAAUCUGUCCGUAUGGCACAACGACUCCAGGGGCCGAAAUGUGUUCCUGGGGCAGGUUGAGAUCAGUUUUAAGACCUGGGACUGGGGACACGAGGCCCUCACAUGGUACAACCUACAGCCAAAGAACUCUGAAAAUCAAGAAUUGCAAGAGACUAAUGGAUCGUUAUCAGUUUCACUGAAAUAUGUUCCUCCGGAGUCUGGUGGGUUGAAGAGCAGCACUGGGGAGAUUCAUGUGUGGCUGCGGGAGGCAAAAGAAUUACGCCGCCUUAAGCCGCAGGGAGUCGAUUCUUUUGUUAAGUGCUACAUCUUACCAGAUACCAGAAAGAAAAGCCGCCAGAAGACUCGCAUUAUAAAAAAGUCUCAGGACCCCGUGUAUAACCAUGCCAUGGUGUAUGAUGGGUUCAAAACUGGGGAAGUCAGUGAGGCCUGCUGUGAAUUGUCAGUUUGGGAUCACAACACACUUGCCAAUCAGUUUCUGGGAGGACUGCGCCUCAGUCUCGGAACAGGACAAAGCUAUGGCAAGAAGGUUGAUUGGAUGGAUUCGAUGGAUGAGGAAAUUCAAAUAUGGAAAAGAAUGUUGGCCAAUCCAAACAGCUGGGUUGAAGGAGAGCUUCCCCUGAGGUCUUCCAUGACCCCGAGGAAAUGAACCUCCUGAAGUUGUGGUCUUGAAUGUUUAGUUGCGAAAGAAAAACAAUUCCCAGAGCAAACUGAGCAUUUCCAGUUACUUAAUCGGUUUCUUCAUUUCAGCCCUUCUCUCAACAAAGAAGGAUUUUGCUGCAACUUAUAAAGAGUGUAUUAAAUGUUGAAACUUUCUGAACAUCAGAGACGUUGUAUUCGAGUAUAUGUAGUCGAUCAUACUUAAUCAUAUUAAAUAAUUACCCAUACAUAAAUCGAUAUGUGUGUUAAGAUACAUGAUUAUAGUGAUUAAUUCCAAAAUAAAAAAAGUAAAAGAAGGUGA